UUCAGUUGUUGUCUCUCAGUUUCACCCACAUUUGUGUUCCGAGCGACAUCCUCCUCUUCGAACUUGAUUUCGAAAAAGCUUUAUUUACGUUCUCCGGUAGUUUGCAGCUUGUGGAACCCCUGCAUAGUUGCCUGCCUCACGUUUACACCUUGCGUCAUCAUCCCGGACUGGUUUUCUCGCCUUUGAAUCAUGGUAACUGAUAGUCUACCUGCCGGCUACUACUGAGGGCGACUCGAUCGUCAACUCUUGAUCCGUCAAAAUGGAGUUUCCAGGCCGUCAAUUUCGCGAGCAUGGGGGCCCCGCAGGCUUUCCCGACUUAAUGAACGAUCCAGCCUACGAUACGAAUCGGAGAGGCAAGGAAAGAGAACAGGAGGAGCCAGAUACUUGCCGGAUAUGUCGUGGGGAGGCCACGGAACAAGAUCAACUCUACUAUCCAUGCAAAUGCAGUGGCAGUAUCAAGUUUGUUCACCAGCCUUGCCUCGUGCAAUGGUUAGCUCAUUCGCAGAAGAAACAUUGUGAGCUGUGCAAGACUCCUUUCCACUUUACAAAAUUAUACGAUCCGGAUAUGCCUGAGAACCUACCGAUCCUAUUGUUCACCAAACAACUUCUGAUUCAUAGCUUGCGGACCGUUGUUACUUGGCUUCGCUGGGUUCUCGUUGCCUUCGUUUGGCUCGGGUGGUUGCCAUGGUCUAUGCGGGCAAUAUGGCGAGCGCUGUUCUGGCUUGCAGAUGGUCGUUGGUCGGCGGGUGAUGGUAUCCAGAAAGGUCUUUCACUUGGCAAUGCUGCGCAUCUCGGAGUAAACCACACUUUGGUAGCCCAUAACACGGAUCCGGCUACAAGCUCAGUGGGCUCAGCUGUUCCACCCAGUGCAACGGAGGGGCCAGCACCGUCGAUAUUCGGCUUCCCUGCGGGGGAACCCUUGUUGCUUUCUCUUACAAAGAAAGCUUUUGCUACGCUUUUUUUCCCAGCCAUGUCGUCCGGUUUUGGCUCUACGGACCCUUCGAACGUGACGACGACAUCGAACAAACCCCGCCGUCCUUCUUGGCUUUCGGAUGUCAAGUUCUUGAAUUCCUUGACCCCGUCCCCUACCAUCAAUAACAUCCUUAUCGACACUCUAGAAGGUCAGCUGAUCACUCUGCUUGUGGUUGUCUCUUUUAUCUUGAUAUUCCUUAUCCGCGAAUGGGUUGUUCAACAGCAACCUAUGGAUAACAUUGCAGAAGGGGAGCGUGAAGCUGCAGUCCAAUUAAUAGCCAACAACCGACCGGCUCAACCAGCCGAAGCUGCCCCUCGACCUGAGCCACAACCACCUGCGCUGCCAGAUGACAACCUGAACGCAUUUCGAAACCGCGAAGCUCUGCCCCCUGUCGGUCGGCAUCUUGGACAAGUGGCUCACCAUGCUGAUCAAGACGACAUUCACCAACCUGCUACUGAACUUGAGGAUUCCCGCGGCCGAGGGGUAAUGAAUCUUGAUGAACCUUUCAGUUUGAGAGAUUUACCGGCAGACAACCCUUCUACUGCUCCGUUCGCUCGUAAUAACGAUGCAUUCAAUCUCAACCUGUCGGCUUGGCAACAAUCACCCCAAGCUAACCAGCCCUGGCCUGCUAUGGAUAUGCAAAUUUUUCGGGACCUUUGGCACCGCGCUCAUGGCGAUCUAGAAGAGAUCAUAAGAAUUGUACGGGAGGAAGGUCGGGAAGAAGAGCUCAGUUGGCUUGUUAGGGCCGUUACGAAACUUCUACAGAAUGACGACUUGCGACGGUCUAGGAACCGUGAGCCAGACUCUCCGGAUCUCUCUGCCCUCAACUCUCGCGUAGAUGUGAACAUUCCUCGCGAGACAAUACCCGGCUUUGUAGGGGCCUCGGGAUCGUCUGCACAGCAGCGAACUGGUGGAACUAAUCCAUUUGAAAGCAUGGCUCCUCACUGGGGCUCUGAUGUUCCAUCUAGCUCGCGCUUUGCAAGCGAUUCGGACUUUCAGGCACGACAUGAACUGGACCUUGCCUUUCAAGCCGCGGAACGUGAUGACCCUGAUCUUCGUGAAGUACUCCAGGACUUUGUGUUCGGAGAAGAGAUUGGUGAUGACCAUGGAUCUGCAUCUGCACCUUCAGUCUCGGAAAACAUAAUCACCACGGAUGCUGAGUCUGUUGAAGACACACAAUCGUCUUUGCAACCGUCCCACUCCGCCGCCGUCGAGCCCCCCAAGAGCCUUGCUAGGAGGGCUUUCGAUUGGUUUUGGGCGGACAUUAUCCCCGAAGAUCCAAAUGCGGAACGACAACAGGAUGAGCAAGCAAAUUUGGUCGACGAGCCCGUUUUGGAAGCAGCUCUUCCACAUGCACAAAAUGAUGGCGAAUUGGAUGGCGAUUUGGUACCCGACAACCAGGCGGCCCUUGCUGACUUCGGCGUUGAUGCCAAUGAUCUUGACGCAAUUGAGGAAGCCGAUGAUUUGGAAGGAAUUCUAGAACUUAUCGGAAUGCAGGGCCCUAUUUUCGGCCUCUUGCAAAAUGGGGUAUUUUGUGCACUUUUAAUCUCGUUCACUGUGGCUGCUGGAAUCUGGCUUCCGUAUCUCGGGGGCAAGAUCGCCCUUGUUCUCCUGGCAAAUCCGAUACAAUUUAUCUUCGGUGUCCCUAUGACUGCCGUCUCGGUGCUUGCAGACGUUGUACUUGACACCCUCAUUGGAAGUUUAGGAUAUAUUCUGUAUUGGACGAGUUUGAUCUGCAGGGUCAUCCUAAGUCCCUUUGGAGCUUUCGUCCCUAUGGGCGAGUGGACAAAGUCUAUCACCAACACCUCGCUAUCGCUUAUUGAUGCCAGCAGCCACAGAUUGGGCGGUGUGGUAAAUACCUUCUUUGUCUUCCACGAAGCAGAUGUUCCCAUGUUCUCCGUUAUUUCCCAUCACGCUUUGAAGAUCCAUCAGGGACGCAUCGCCUCCCUGUUCCGAUCAAUCUUCCUUCUAGGCAAAUUCCUUAUUCACGACCUCCCUCUGAAUAUGAGAUCAUCUCACAUCCCCCAGAUAUUGUCACUCAGCACUCUCGAUGUUGGCAGCAUUUGUACUGGGGUACAAGAGAGAGCUCUCGGGUUUGCCCACAACCUGCCAUCUUUCUCAAACUUUACAAACUGGGUAACCCCAGGUAUGACAAGCCUGGCCUUAGGGCCCGAAAGCAUUGACUACGACAUAGCUGUAUGGAAUACGAAAGAUCGUACGAUAGCUAUUCUUAUGGGAUAUUUGCUCGUAUCAGUUGUAGGACUGGCCUACCUCCGGAUUGCACGCUUUAUCUCCGGUGUUGAUCGUGGCCAGAGAGUCGAAGGCAUGGUUGCGGAAGGACUGCAUCAAGCUGGUGGAGUGAUGAAAGUCAUUUUAAUUAUCGGUAUUGAGAUGAUUGUGUUCCCAUUGUAUUGCGGCUCUCUCCUUGACAUUGCAUUACUACCCCUUUUCGAGAAUGCUACGAUUGCUUCUCGCGUCGAAUUCACCUCUACUUAUCCACUAACAUCUCUAUUCGUGCACUGGUUUAUUGGCACAUGUUACAUGUUCCAUUUUGCACUGUUUGUUUCAAUGUGCAGGAAGAUAAUGAGGAAUGGAGUUCUCUAUUUUAUUCGUGAUCCGGAUGACCCCACCUUCCAUCCUGUUCGGGAUGUUCUAGAGCGAAAUAUCACUACCCAGCUCCGGAAGAUUGCAUUCAGUGCACUGGUAUACGGUGCGCUCGUCAUCAUCUGUCUUGGAGGUGUCGUCUGGGGCUUAUACUACGGCUUUAACGGCGUCCUUCCCCUCCACUGGUCAUCAAAAGAUCCUGUGCUCGAGUUCCCGAUUGAUCUGCUGUUUUAUAACUUCGGGAUUCCUCUUGCGAUUCGAGCAUUCAAGCCGUCAGAAGGAUUACACAACCUAUACAAUUGGUGGUUCCGAAAGUGUGCUCGCUUCUUACGACUAUCCGACUUUUUCUUCAGUGAAAGACACCUCGAUGAGGAAGGCUCCUAUGGACGGCAAUUCUGGUCUGGUUACCUGCCUGGGAACAAAGAGGAUAUUCGACACCUUGUAACGGGGCAUGACCAGCAAGCUGACGCAGAUGAAAAACAGCCAGACCGCCAUUUUAAGCGAGAUGGCCGAUUUGUACGGGCCCCUGCGUCGGAUCAAGUUCGCAUUCCGAAAGGCAGCCAAGUGUUUUUAGAGGUCACCGAAGCGAACGAACGUGUUGAUGGAGCGCCUGAUAACGACCAAGGCCACCAAGGGCGACUCAAUGAGAUGUUCAUCCAAGUCUACAUACCCCCCUUUUUCAGAACCAGGAUUGCAGCCUUCCUCGUCUUGAUUUGGCUAUUUGCGGCCGCUACGGGAGUAGGCACCACGGUUCUUCCCCUGGUUAUUGGGCGGAAAGCAAUGCACUUGUACUUUGCGAGCCGACCGGUGAAUGACAUCUAUGCGUUCUCCGUUGGUAUGGGUCUCUUCUGCGCUGCUGCCUGCAUUGUCUUGUCCUGUCGGGCCUGUUUCCGGAUUGUGAAAGACCGUUUCGAUCCAUUCUUGCGUUCUCCUCAAGAGGCAUGCCUAGGCUUGAUGAGUUUAGUUGCCAGCGGAAUGGGUCUUAUUUACGUCUUCGCGUCAUUUUCGAUCAUCUUGCCGUCUAUCUUCGGAUUAGUAAUGGAGCUUUAUUUGCUCGUGCCUAUCUACACUUACCUAGGCAACAGCAAAGCUCAUGCUAUCUAUCUCGUCCAAGACUGGGCACUGGGAGUGCUUUAUGUUCAGAUGGCUGUGAAGCUGGCAUUGUGGCAUUCCAGGUCUCGCCCCGCUGCAGUUCUUAAUGGGAUCUUCCGCGAUGGUUGGUUGAAACCCAACGUCAGGCUUGCCACCCGGGCCUUGCUUCUUCCUAUACUACUUUUGGCGACCAUCGCGAUUGUUUUACCGCCCUCGUUUGGAUUUGUGCUGAACUCAAUCAUGUUUGGUUCAAAUCCAGAGCUUCAAACCAAAGUGUACCGCUACACGUAUCCUGCCACGCUAUUGUUGAGCUUAAUGGCCUGGCUUGCUUACCUGGCCGGUUGUCAGGUGGAGAUCUGGAAAGUCAGCAUCCGUGAUGAGUUCUACUUGAUUGGAGAACGCCUCCAUAACUUCCGUGAAAAACGAGCACGAGAAGUUGGUGUGCCCCGACGAGUGAUUACCGGAUAACUGUGGAGAGGGGAGAAAGCGAGAGAGAGAGAGAGAGAGAGAGAAAUUAGAGGAGCAUACAUGUUCCAUUGAUAAAUUUAGUACCGGCGCAGAUUGCCUUUUUCCAUUGUUUUAUUUAUUUAUUUAUUUUUCUCUCUGUACAUUUAAUUACUCACAGGGGAUGUGAUGAUCUUCAUUACUAUCAUAUCAUUAUCGGAUGAGACCUGCCUAGCCAUGCCGCGUUGUAACCUGGUCCCUUACUCCGUACAGAGGACUAUCCCCAACUAGGCAGAAUCGUGGCUGCCUGGCAUGUACGUAGCUAGAGGAUCAAUCUCUAUCCAAAGGGCAUGUCUGCAAGAUUUCUACUUCCUGAACCAAUAUAUGAGACAUACAUCAAUUUACAUGUGACAUGCAG